UUGGCCCAAAUGACAUGGGAAAGGUCUAAUAUGCUCCAGACUCCAGAGCCUGCCUCAUAAGCCGAAUUCGGCUUUACUCUGAACGGUGCCUUUCUCAUUUGGACAUUUUCCGUUAUAAUCUCAACUCUCAAUUUCUUUCUUUCUCUUCUCUCUGUCUUAGGGCUUUAAUAAGCGAGGCGAAAAUAUGGAACACGGUCCGUCGGGCGGUUCGACGGCGAUGAGAAGAAGAAGUGGCGUGAGAGGUGGGACAAGGAUGGAGUGGCUCGAACAUGAUAUCCUUUGUAUCAUCUUCUCCUUCCUCGACGUCUUCGACCUCGUUCGCUGCACUGCCGUUUGCAAAUCCUGGAAUGCAGUCAUUAGAAAGUCUGAGUUAUUGCAAGUAUUGUAUUUCAAGCUGCGGCGGGAUUCUGGUGAGUCUACUUCUUCAGUGCAACGGAAAUCAAUGGAAUUUGGUCUACAAGAAGUAGCCAUGAAGUAUCAUAGGCUAUGUUUACAAAGAGGUCGCAUCGACAUUCAUCAGUGGAAAGCUCACUCAGUCGGGGUUGAUCAGUGCCGGAUGAAGAUGGGCUUACUUCUUACUGGCGUUGGUGACAAGGUCAUGCGUCUUUGGUCUUUGGACAGCUACAAAUGUGAGGAAGAAUAUUACAUUCCUGAUACUGCCUUCCUAGUGGACUUUGAUUUCGAUGAGAGCAAGAUUGUUGGCUUGCUUGGUAGCCGUGUCGGUAUAUGGACACGUAAUGGGAAAAGAAGUAUAUUUCCCUCGCGUGAAGGCACAUUCUCAAAAGGUUUAUGUGUGCGGUACAUUGAUCCUGAUGCUGUCAUUGGAUGUGAGGAUGGAACUGCUCGUGUAUUUGACAUGUACAGCCGGACAUGUUCACGAAUUAUCAAGAUGCAUGCUGGCCCUGUAACAUGCUUAGCUCUGAGCGAUGAUGAGUUGAUUCUCAGUGGGAGCUCUCUUGGUAGUGUCUCAAUAUCCGAUCUUGCAUCCGAUCAGCGGGUAGCUAGACUGAGGCCAACUGACUCGGCAGGCAUAAGGACCCUGUGUUUCAACCCUUGUUCUCAUUUAGUGUUUGCAGGGACAACAGUUGGAUAUACAUAUUGUUGGGACCUUAGGACCAUGAAAUCUUUGUGGGAGACACGAAUAAGUUCAAAUGUUCUGUAUUCCUUGAGCCACUUGCGGAGUGAUAAUUCAACCUUGGCUGUUGGUGGAAUAGAUGGUGUGCUUCGAGUUUUAAAUCAGAACACAGGCGAAGUUCUUUCAAGAUGUUUCAUAGAUGAUGAGAGGCCAAUAAGUUCCACUAGAAAUAUGCACGCCUUCAUUGAGAAAAAGAAAGGAAUAAGGCUACCAGAAGAUGCCGAAGUUGACCGGAUACCUAGAACAUGUCGACCUCCCAUAACAUGCUUGUCAGUUGGGAUGAAAAAAGUUGUCACUGCGCAUAAUAGCAAGUACAUUAGGAUGUGGAAAUUCAAAAUGUAACCGAGAGCUCCUUCGUUAUCUGGGUGGAUCUUCCAAGCAGGUAGAGUUCCCACAACUCCUGCUGAGCCUCAUGAUGUGACCCGCCACCAAUCCCAUUCCAGAAAUUACAGGGCCUUGCCUUCAUGUCCAAUGAGUGAGGAAGCUUCAACUAAGAUUGUAACAACGUCUAGGUAAGGUCUAUUUUGGCUCUUUCAAAAGAUAUGUUAAUGUUAGCCAAAGUUGACAGUUAUAGCUCCUUAGUCCUUACCUUACAAAAAUGACUUAGAAUCUAUUGCUAUUCAGUUUGAUGAUGAGAGCUUCCUUUUCUUUAUUAUUUAUGUAAAGAUAUUUAUGUUAGUUCAAUAGAGGAAUUUGUAUAACUCAUUCUGAUACGAUGGAACAUGUGCUGUAGCAAAUAACAUCAUUUCUUUUAAUCACAUGCUCAUUCAAAAUAUAUAAA